GUUACUCCAAGUGCUCUUCCCUGCAUGCCUUUAUACAUUCAGGUUAAUUGUGAUCGGAUAUUAGACAGACAGAAGUCCUAGUCUUUACUACUGUUGAGGGGAUUCCUGGGUUUGAUUUGAGACAGUUUGAUGAGCUGGGUGCAUCAUGGACCCCCAACAGUCUGCCCUCCCACUGCAGCUGCAUGGCAACAGUUUUGCUAUGAGCUCUGGACAAGUGCCAAAACUAAGCGCGGGAUACAAUGAAGGAGGAGGAGGAGGUGGAGGCCAAGAAGCUGAACUUAAUCAGCAAAACAUGACCUCCUCUGCUCGUGUCAGUUGCAGGUUGAGCCCAGGUGAACAGUUGCAGUGCCCACUGGAGCCCCUGGUUCAUUGCCAUGCCAAGGGCAAGCUGGACAUCAAGAGCAGGAGCUGCAGUCUACUCACCAUCUGCCGCUCAGGAGUAAUUUUUCCCUGGAUGAAUCCACGGACAACUGACUCUGAACAAUCUGUCAGCGGUGGUGUGGCGGCGGGUCUGUCAAGCAGAGGCGUCAGGAGGGAGCGAACGGCCUUCACCAACAGCCAGCUGCUGGAGCUGGAGAAGGAGUUCCACUUCAGCCCUUACCUGUGUCGCCCUCGGAGGAUGGAGAUGGCCGCCGGGCUGCAGCUCACCGACCGCCAGGUCAAGAUCUGGUUUCAGAACCGCAGGAUGAGGUACAAGAAGGAACACAAAUAUGGGAAGGUGGCAGGUUCGUCCCAGUGGUCUCCCUGCACCUCCUCCCUCAGCUCAUGUGCAGACAACCUGAGGUUUCAAAGUGCAUGUGUUGUAAGAACUUCCUCCUCAGAGGUGCACUUCAUGGAUUACGCUCCUGUGCCAUCCCCUCUCUUUGGCUCUCACAGUGACGCCAGCAGUGGUCAGUGUGUUCACCCCGCAGACCUGCCCCAUCUGAGCUGCUUGCUUCCAUCUGUUGCAAAUGGUCCACCGCCCUCGUGCACGGGCGCAGAUAGUCAUCACCAUACUGGCAUUUCAAACUGGCCCUAGGGCCUCAUAAUGGCCGUCCCUCCUGUGCUCAUCAAAAUCUCAAUGAUACAUCCACUUUCACUUACUUAUGAAAGACUGGAGGAUGUCUUAUUAGCAUCCCUGGGUUGAAAAGCCCCUUAACACGCCUGUUCACCAUUCAUGAAACAUUUUAAUUAAACAGUGAUAUCAUUUGUUUCUCAGGCGCAGCGACUGAAGGCUGCAGGUCAAACUUGCUGCUCGUACUGUAAAUACACAGCAUGCACAGUUACAUGUUGUUUUGCUGUUAUCUUGUGGCUGUUGCAUUUAUAUUGUUGUUGCAUGUUUAAUGCAUGUGGGAACCAUACCAUGAGUGAGUUUUCUAUUUCCCUCUGUUGUCAGGUAAUAGCUAAGUGGUUGUCAUAUUUUCUAAGUGUCACAUCUGGCCUCUUUUUAUUAUCUACUGUACAUAGCAGGUCAUUUGUGUAAAAUGUUUUAACUGUGAAAUGAGCAGAAUAAUGUUCACAUCAAAUGAUGUUAUAUUUUUGUUAAAGCCAUUACGGGAUACGGCGAGUCUUUGAUAUGGUUCUUGAUUAAUUGAGAUGUCAUAUACUGUACAUGCUUAAUAAAUGCAUUUGGGAAAACUGUA